AUACUCAUUUUGAAGGAUAUAUAGUAUCAAUACUCCAUUCUAUACUGGUAGCAAUACUACUUCGUAGGUAGGUUCUCAAAAGGGUGGAUCAGAUUGAUUUAACCAAUGUCAUAACAAAUGCCACGAUCCUUGUGAACUUCCCGAUGUGCUCCAUCACAACACAUGAAUGACAUGUAUAACUUGAGAUUGGUGAAAUAAUGAAGCUUCCCGACCCAGAAGGCAAGUCUUUGUUCGUGCCUCGAAUUCGUAAAUUCGUAACCUUAAGCCUUCAAUGCGGCGAAAAGAAAAGAAAAGAAAAGAAAGAAAUGCGUGUCAAGAAGGCUGAGUUCACUAAUUUAGAAACUUUAAAGCCUUGGAAGUUGGAGUUUACCGUUGAGAAUUAGCGCUUGUUGAUUGGAACGGGCGUUUCGUAGCGAAGCCGAUCAUCUAUCUACCAGUGACGCUUUCUAAGGAAUUAUUGACUCUCGAACAUACACCAUCCGCCCAAAAUUCGUGUUUUGAAUCUGUGAAUCUAGAAUCUUUAAUCACAGGUUCUUGCAUGCCGUUUCUCUUACAUUCAUUGUCUUAAACUUCACUUCAUUCCUUGAAAAGUGCUACUAUUGCGCCGAGCUUUGCGCCAGUAAGGGGGGUUGACAACCAGGCAUCGGGCCCAACUUCAAGAUGGUAUGGAACAACAAAGGCCUUCUUACUUUCCACAGAAGUUACCAUAACUAACAAUCAUUGUUGAAUUAGGGUAUCAGUCGUCGUCCGAAGGCUGAUAAAAAUGCCUCUACCGCAGACAGUGCACCGGGGGGAAAGCCGAAUAUCCAGAAAGCCCAGUUCGAUACAACCAAAAAGAAGGAAGUUGGUGUGUCGGAUCUUACUUUGAUCAGCAAGGUUUCGAAUGAAGCAAUCAAUGAAAAUCUUAAGAAGAGGUUUGAUAAUAGGGAAAUUUAUGUAUGGUCUACUUCCUUGCGCCAGGCGAACCCAUUGACGGGAAGGUCUCCGAGAAGGUUACGUACUGACAGUUUUCUGUAGACAUACAUUGGCCAUGUGCUUGUCUCUGUCAAUCCUUUUAGAGAUUGUAAGUACAAGGUGCAUAUUUUGGGUUACCCACAUCUCUAACAAUUCACAGUGGGAAUUUACACAGAUGCGGUCUUGGAAAGUUACAAAGGCAAGAAUCGAUUAGAGGUCAGUUGAAACAAAACCCAAACAAUAAAUACGUGCAUUCCUAACAGUUAUUUAAGAUGCCACCCCAUGUCUUCGCUGUUGCCGAAUCUGCCUACUAUAAUAUGAAUGCAUACAAAGAUAAUCAAUGUGUUAUCAUUUCAGGAGAAUCUGGAGCGGGAAAGACCGAGGCGGCGAAGCGAAUCAUGCAAUAUAUAGCCAAUGUUUCUGGAGGCAACAACUCAUCGAUUCAAGAAACCAAAGAGAUGGUUUUGGCGACAAAUCCUUUGCUAGAGUCUUUCGGUAAUGCGAAAACACUACGGAACAAUAACUCCUCUCGUUUCGGCAAAUACCUCCAACUGCAAUUCAAUGCGCAAGGAGAGCCGGUGGGCGCGGAUAUAACAAAUUAUCUUCUGGAGAAGACGCGAGUAGUCACUCAAAUCAAGGACGAGCGGAAUUUUCAUAUCUUUUACCAGUUUACAAAAGGGGCCUCACAAACAUACAGGGAAAGUUAUGGAAUCCAACAGCCGUCGCAGUAUUUGUACACGAGUAAAGCCGGGUGCUUUGAUGUUGAUGGGAUCGAUGAUCUCACUGAAUAUCAGGAUACUUUGAAGGCCAUGAAGGUUAUAGGUUUGUCGCAAGCUGAACAGGACGAGAUAUUCCGCAUGCUGGCUGCUAUCCUGUGGACAGGAAAUAUUCAAUUCCGCGAAGAUGAUGAUGGAUAUGCUGCAGUCGUUGAUCAAUCAGUUGUUGACUUCUUGGCCUACCUUCUGGAUGCUGAUGCAGCCCAUGUUAUUCAAGCCAUCACUAUUAGAAUUCUUACUCCUCGAAAUGGGGAAGUCAUCGAGUCACCUGCGAAUGUUCCUCAAGCAAUGGCCACAAGGGACGCUCUAGCCAAAGCAAUAUAUAACAACCUCUUUGAUUGGAUUGUCGAGCGUGUCAACAAAUCUCUUACUGCUCGGGCGGCGACAUCGAACUCGAUAGGUAUUCUCGAUAUCUAUGGUUUCGAGAUCUUUGAGCAGAACAGUUUCGAGCAGUUGUGCAUCAACUACGUCAAUGAGAAGUUGCAACAAAUCUUCAUUCAGUUAACUCUAAAAACCGAACAGGAAGAAUAUGCCCGGGAGCAGAUUAAAUGGACGCCGAUCAAAUAUUUUGACAACAAAAUCGUUUGUGAUUUGAUCGAAGCUAUUCGACCUCCGGGUGUAUUCUCCGCUAUGAAAGAUGCAACCAAGACAGCUCAUGCUGAUCCAGCUGCAUGUGACCGCACCUUUAUGCAAGCAAUUAGUGGAAUGUCAAAUCCUCAUCUGACCCCUCGUCAAGGCAACUUUAUCAUCAAGCAUUAUGCAGGUGAUGUGAGCUACACCGUUGAGGGAAUUACAGACAAGAACAAGGAUCAACUCCUCAAGGGCUUGCUUAACUUAUUUGGACAAAGUAGAAAUCAAUUCAUUCAUGAGUUGUUCCCUCAUCAAGUCGAUCAGGAUAAUAGAAAACAGCCUCCAUCUGCCGGUGACAAAAUCAAAGCAUCCGCGAAUGACCUAGUGGCAACAUUGAUGAAGGCAACCCCAUCAUACAUCCGCACAAUCAAGCCCAACGAGAACAAGUCACCCACUGAGUACAAUGAGAAGAACGUCCUGCAUCAAGUUAAGUAUCUUGGUCUUCAAGAGAACGUUCGUAUUCGUCGUGCCGGAUUUGCAUAUCGUCAAACAUUUGACAAGUUCGUUGAACGAUUUUACUUACUCUCCCCGAAAACUUCUUAUGCUGGUGACUACAUAUGGACAGGAGAUUCCAAAACUGGAGCCAUGCAAAUAUUGAAAGAUACCAAUAUACCCGUCGAGGAAUAUCAAAUGGGUGUGACCAAGGCAUUUAUCAAAGCCCCCGAAACCUUGUUCGCCCUAGAACAUAUGCGGGAUCGUUACUGGCAUAACAUGGCCGCUCGUAUUCAGCGUGUGUGGAGGGCAUUCUUACAAAUUCGAAUCGAAGCUGCCACUCGAAUUCAGAGGAUGUUCAGAAAGAAGAGAGAAGGCAAGGAGUUCCUGGAGUUGAGAGAAAAAGGACACCAAAUAUUACAAGGACGUAAAGAGAGAAGAAGAUACAGUCUCCUGGGAUCAAGACGUUUCAUGGGUGAUUACCUUGGAAUUGCAGCAACGACAGGCCCUGGAUCAAAAAUUCGUGGGUCGAUUAAUUUGCCAGCCAGCGAAGUCACCCUUUUCUCCUGCCGCGGUGAGAUUCUUGAGACUAAAUUUGGCCGAUCAAGUAAGCUAAGUCCUCGUAUCUUCAUAAUGACGCGGACAAAGUUCUACAUCGUCAGUCAGCUGCUUGUCAAUAAGCAGGUUCAAAUUGCUGUGGAGAAAGCGAUUCCCCUUGGAGCUAUCAAAUUUGUGAGCAUAUCGACAUGCCGCGAUGAUUGGUUCUCCUUAGGCGUAGGCUCACCACAAGAAGCUGAUCCACUUCUGACUUGCGUAUUUAAAACCGAACUUUUCACGCAUAUGCAAGGAGCAAUGCCUGGAGGCGGGUUCAAUCUGAAAAUAGGAGAUUCGAUUGAGUAUGCCAAGAAACCUAAUAAGAUGCAGUUAAUCAAGGUGGUGAAAGAUUCUCAACAGCCUCAAGAUCAUUACAAGAGUGCUACUAUCCACACCCAGGCAGGCGAGCCACCCGAUUCUCGAUCAAAGCCGCUGCCGAAAGGCAAACCUGUCGCGGCAAAACCAUUUACUUCAGGUCGUCUCAUCAAGCCCGGAGGACCAGGAGGACGACCAUCAAAAUUGACGAACGGAAACCGACCAACCCCCAAGCCAGUUCCUGCACCUGCUGCAGCAAGACCUGUACCUGCCGCGAACCCUAUCGCAGCCUCUAUUCCAGUGCACACAAGGAAUACUUCGGUACAAUCGACACAAUCUACUAGAGCUGUACCACCUCCUCCACCACCGGCUCCACCAGCUCCUCCUCCAGCUCCUGUAUCGAAGGAACCUCAGUACCGCGUUCUCUACGAGUUCGCUGGACAGAGUGCUAAUGAAUUUUCCUUGAAGCAGGGUGAAAUUGUGACUGUCCUUCAAAAGGAAACAAAUGGUAAGCUUAUUCUAAAGAUUGCAUAAGUACGAUCAUACUAAACAUGAACAGGCUGGUGGCUUACUAAAAACGUCCGCGGUCAAGGUUGGGCUCCCACUGCUUACCUCGAAGAAGUGACACCACCGCCACCUCCUCCUCCUGUCGCCACACGUCCAGCACCACCACCGGCCCCUGGACUUCCGAAGAUGAAUGGUACAAACGGCGCUGCUAUUCGUUCCAAACCUACCCCUCCUGCACCGCCAGCCAAACGCCCAGCAGCAGGUAGAAAACCAGCUCCUCCGCCAGCGCCUCGCGAUUCUGGAAUGAGUAUCUCUAGUAAUGGAAGUGGUAAUAACAGUGGCCGAAGCACUCCAACUCCAAGCUUAGCCGGCGGUUUAGCGGAAGCUUUACGAGCGAGACAAAGCGCGAUGCAAGGGAAUGCUAAGAGAGAAGAUGAAGAUGAUUGGUAGACAAGGAAAUGAAAACGUAAUGUGAGAAUUUCUCAAACAGUCGAGCCAAGAGACAAGAAAGGAGAGAAGAGAGAUUUGAAGCAGGUUUCUAUAAUGCAGAUACGAUGAAGCUAUGAAGCAAAUAGAUAGAUGACGAGCGUAGCGACACCAUUGUACUUUUUUUAGGGGGUUUUCUACGUACAAUCUGACGGUUUAGGAUUGAUGGCACUUUUCUGCAAUACAAAUCCUUGUUUUGAGACAUGACAUGGCAUGGUUUGCAAUGAUGUUUGAUGUUGAUGCCGAUGCAUUGCAUUGCAUUGUACUGCAUGGAGCGGGGAGCGGGAGCGUUUCUGAUAUAGAAGGAAAGCAGGGCAACAGAGAAUGCGAGUUUUUAGAGUUUGAGUUUGGCUGCAGAUAAACGGGAUGUAGUAGCGCAAUAGUGCAGUGUGUUUGGAUAGGUUCUCAAAUAGAUAGAUAGAUAUAGGGAGAUAGGGGAGUGAGAGAGGGAGAUAUGGAGUGAG